AUGCAGGAGAGGAACAACCUGUGUGACAAGGAGGCCAUGGGGGAAUUAAGGAAAAUGAGACAAGACACCACUUCUGUGUCACAGUGUGCUGUGUUCGGUGGAGGGACCAAGCUGACCGUCCUAGGUCAGCCCAAGUCUGCACCCGCAGUCACCCUCUUCCCGCCCUCCCCUGAGGAGCUCCAGAACAACAAGGCCACGCUGGUGUGUCUGAUGAAUAACUUCUACCCGGGCGCUGUGACCGUCAACUGGAAGGCUGAUGGCACCACUGUCACCCAAGGCGUGGAGACCACGCAGCCCUCCAAACAGAGUGACAACAAAUACAUGGCCAGCAGCUACCUGAGCAUGACGCCUGCACAGUGGAGAUCUCACCAGAGAGUCACCUGCGAGGUCACGCACGAUGGCAGCACUGUGGAGAAGAGUGUGGCCCCUGCAGAGUGUCCCUAGGACCUUGCUGGGCACCCUAUCCUCAGGGACCUGAAGUACAAGGACUCGGAGGAAGAGCCUCCUGUCCCACCUCACCUGCUCCUGACUUUCCUUUGAUCCCCUUAUUGCUCAAUA